AUGCCGGAGCCGGUGCGGAAACACAAAACACACAAACCAUCACAACAUCAUCACCACAACUACCACCAUCUGCCACAUCAGCAUCACCAUCAUUACCACAAGCCGCACUUACACUCCCAAUAUCCAAAUCAAGCAGCGAAGCAAGGCCGAAGGGCAGUAAAUCCAACGGUGCCUAUGCCAGUGCCACCGCCACCAGCGCUUCCACCGAUAAUGCCACAAAAUCAACUCGAUGAUAUGGGUAUAUACGGCGAGGACUUGGAUGCUGGGAUGGGAGGUGCGAAUGGUCUGCGUGGCGGUGUGUCUGACCAUCUGGUGUACUCACCCGGCGCCCCGCAACCAAUGCCUGUAAACGCCGAUUUGGCACCCAACUAUGGGCCGGCGCUAUUUGGCAUGGCCGGUGGCGCCAGUGGCAGCAGCAAUGAAAAUAAGCAACAACAACAAUAUACCGGAGGCGCCCCCUCAUCGUCUAGUGUAUUGACCAUGCCGGGUUCAACCCAACAGCUAAUGCAACAUAUGGAACUGAUGAGCGCUUUGGCUGCGGCAGCGGCGGCCGCAGCAGGAGGAGCAAAUGGCGGCGAUGACGAAGAUGAAGCGGGUGCGGGAGGUGGAGGUGGAGGUAGCGCGACGAACACACUCUUGGCAGAUGACUUUUUGGCCGAUAUGCAACGUACGUAUGCCAAUGGUAAGCAUCCGACAGCUGCUUUUAGGCGCCGGAAGAAAUAUCGCGGCGGAGGACUGGCAGAGAUAGGCGAUGCCGCACUAACAUUUCCAUUGAACACACCGCAGCUGCAGCAACAACACAUACAGCAACAACAACAGCAACACCAACAACUACUGCGGCAGCAGUAUCAGCAGCAGCAGCAGCAACAAUUCUUCGGUGUAAAUUAUUUUACGCAACAGCCAAAGCCGCAAAUGCAAAUGCUAAGGGCACCAGCCAGCAGCAACAGCAACAAAUACCGCACCUAUCAUCGGAACACACAUUACAGAUACAAACAACCCUACAACAACAAUGAUAUCUAUGCCACCACAAUAUCUGAUGAAGGCAUGGGCAGCGAUGGCGAUGAUGGGGACGAGCGCGACGACGACGAUAAUGGCGAUGAUGCAACAAUGUUCUUUUCCAGCCGCCCCACAUCGGCCACUUCCCCACUUUCAUCCACUAGCAUCUACAACAACGCUAAUGACUAUGAGGACGCUGUGGACGAUGAGGACCAAUUCGAUUACAAUAGCAACGGCAAUAGCGACAGCAAUAGACAUAGCAACAAAAACUAUAAUAGCAACUACUUCGAUGGUGUUGAUGAUGAUGAAAAUGAAGGUGUUAAUCCGGUUAGUUAUCAGUCGACAACGGCCUAUGGAGCGUAUGCGGCCAGUGCAUCGACGCCAGCCACUGUGACUCAUCUCAAAUUACGACCAUAUCGCCAGUUGCAAAAGCACCAAAGCCAUAAGCAUAUGCAAAUACAACAACAACAGCAACAGCAAUACACCUCACAACAGCCAUCAGACUAUUCAGGUCAGCUUCAGCCUCAACAGCUGCAACUCAUCACAACAGCACAACCAAUUAACGUCGUUGGUCCCACGGCAAGUGACUUUGAUGAUCAACAGCCGCCAUUACCCCAACAACGUCACAAAUAUCCAGUGUCAACACGCUACAAGAAACGCAAAAACCGCAUCAAAGGGAAGCCAAAUCGAAAUCGCAUUCCGACGCAAUAAUUGCUUUUGCUUUUGCUUCAGCGUCUAGCUGCUCAAC